AUGUGGCUCAAAAGUCAGAUAUUGCUCUUAUAUUGUAUUGCAGCUGAAGUUUGGAUGGCAAAGCAGCCUGACUCUAGAAGAAACUUCCCACGAGGACUUUACUCUGUUGAAGAUGGCAGUUCUGCAAAGGGGAGCAGGUUAAAAAGGAAUCUCUAUCAGGGAAGGUCCUGCAGGAUAAGAGGCUGUUGCACAGGAAGAGAUGAUGACUGCAGCUUUAACAUUGUCUCCAAAGCAGCUAUAUGUUACUGUGACCAGUUCUGUGCCUCAGGCUCUCCUGGCCCUGUAGACUGUUGUGGUGACUACUGGGAAGUCUGUGACCAACCUGUUGUUGAGCCCACCAGGUCAGAUGAGCCUUGGCCACCCCCAGCAUCUGGUUGUUAUAAAGAUGGACGAUAUUAUGGAGAAGGAACAAUAAUUACAGACAACUGCAAUUCCUGCAAAUGUUUCCACAGUCUCUGGAAGUGUUCAAAAGAAGUCUGCCUUGUUCGCCAAGACUUAAUUCAGCACAUCAAUUCUGGAGAUUAUGGAUGGAAAGCUGACAACUACAGUCAGUUCUGGGGAAUGACUUUGGAAGAAGGUUUCAAAAAGCGCCUGGGCACAUUUCCUCCAUCUCAUUCUUUGUUGAAUAUGAGAGAAGUUCCAGGAAUCUCACUUCCAGAAGAAAAGUUUCCUGCAUUUUUUCUAGCCACUUAUGCAUGGCCUGAGUGGAUUCAUGAUCCUCUGGAUCAGCGAAACUGUGGAGCAUCCUGGGCUUUUUCAACUGCAAGUGUUGCAGCAGAUAGAAUAGCAAUUCAUUCCAAGGGUCAGAUCACAGACAACCUUUCUGCUCAGAAUUUGGUCUCUUGUGAUACCAGGAAUCAACACGGAUGUAAUGGUGGAAGUAUUGAUGGUGCUUGGAGAUAUCUAAAAACACAUGGAAUUGUAUCCUAUGCUUGUUAUCCAUCAUUUUGGAACAGUCACCUGGAGCCUUCGGGAGAAAAUCGUUGUUAUGUGUCAAGUGAAUAUGGAAAAAAUUAUACAAAUGGACCAUGUCCUAAUGCUCUAGAACAAUCCAAUCGGUUAUAUCGGUCUGCCUCCCCCUACAGGGUCUCCUCAAAAGAGACCAAUAUAAUGAAAGAAAUUAUGGACAAUGGACCAGUGCAAGCUAUAAUGAAAGUGUAUGAAGAUUUUUUCCUUUACAAAGAGGGAAUCUACAGAUGCUCCCAGAAAAUAGGCUCUAAAUGGAAAACUCAUUCAGUCAAACUCCUUGGGUGGGGAGAGUUAGCUGACAAACACAGACGGAAACAGAAGUUCUGGAUUGCUACAAACUCGUGGGGAAAGUCUUGGGGAGAAAAUGGUUAUUUUAGGAUUCUACGUGGGAAAAAUGAGUGUGAUAUUGAGAAGCUGAUUUUAGCUACUCUGGGACAGCCAUAG